CGUAUGAAAUUAACCACCUUGAAUUUGUAAAAGGAAGAAAUGCCACAAUUGGACUAUGUAGAUCAGGUAUACAACCACAACCAUCUACAAUUAAUGUUAAUUAUUGGACACUUGGUGAUACAUUUUUAGCAAAUGUUAUUACUGCUUUUGAUUUUGAUAAUUUACAAAUUGGUUUCGCUUCAACUGUACCCGGAAGUGGGACACCCAGUAACGGAAAUGAUAAUGGAAAUUAUAGUAAAAAAUCUG